AUGUAUGUUUCUUGGGGUUUAAGAAAUCUCUGCACGUUGAACCGCCAGUAUGGACUCACGGGGAAGAACACGAGCGAGGCCUUGUUUGUGUUCGAAGCUUAUCGAACACUCCGUGAUCGUGAGUCUUUACUGGGGAAUACCGGCUCUGCUGUGAUGUCUGAUGUAUAUGCUAAAUCAUUUGCUCCUUUACCUACUGGGAGUAUGUUUCAUAGUGAGACAGGGCUUAAGAGUCUUGAACAUCCCAAGAACAACAUGAAGGCAAUGCUGAUGGUUGACAGAGAAGGUGUGACAUGUGGAGCUAACUUCAAAGUGGAUGGUUGUACUAAGAUCAGUGCCAUCCCUAGGAGAGGAAUUGAAGCUAACUGGGCUCUCGCUAAUAACCGUUGA